AUGGAUGCAGCCGCGCAACCCGCGGCAGCGUCAAGGAACGGGGUAGUGUGCAGUGGCGCGUUUAUUCCUAGCCUGCCGCUUUUCAAACUCAGGCACUCCUGGGCACAGAAGGGCGGCGUGGUGGCGCUGAUGCAGGAUGCGGAAGACAAACAGGGAGAAGGUGAAGCUGCUGCAUGCCCCGAAGGUGACCCCGCGGUGUCUGCUGAAAAGCAAACCAGCGACACCAUAGAGGCGUGCAAACUGAGGGAGGAAGCGCAAGUCGCGGACACAACGGGCGGCGAGAAAGGAGAUGGACGGAGGGCAGGAAAGCGGAGCAGAAAGGAGCGCGCUGCAGAGAGAAGAAGGGCGGACCGAGCUGCAGAGUCUCAGCGUCCGGAAGCUCGGAGGCAGAGUCAUGCUGCGGACGCAACGAGUCUCCGUCUUUCCUCCCUUGAACGUGUAGAGGAUGAGCAAGAGGAAUGGAGGCCUUUGCGGCGGCCUCUGGCGAAUGCAUCCAUCUGUGCAGCAGUGCCGCCAUCCUCGAGAAGACAAAUUUACAUCUGCGAUGACAGCUUGUCGUCGGCUCGGUUCCGGGAUAUCUCCUCAGACAGCAAACUCGAGAUGGUGUCGCCGUAUCGGUUUCUUCCUCUGGCGCAUCGGCGGUCGGUGCCCGCGCAGUCCUACCUCACUUCUUCGCACUGUGUGCAGCUCGGGGCGCUUCGUCCGCUCCAAAGAUCGUGUUCUGUUGCCAGAGAGACGCGCAGCAUCUGGGCGCGGCCGGGAGCGCGCAGAGACUCAUGCAGAGAUGCAGCAGCGGCGUACGCCGUUCUGGGACUCCGACACGCUCCCCUCUCGAGUUCCCAGGGGUCAAGGUCGGCGGCGGGGAGCACGGGAGAGCAGAGCGAAGAACGGCAAACGCGCGCAGAGAGAGGAAGAGGGAUUCUGAAGACGGCGCGCUCGCAGAAGCUCGCCGGCGGCGUCUCCGGCGUCGCAGGCGAAUCCAACGCCUCCAACCCGCUAGUGCGCUUCUCGCCCCGAGCUUUGCCGAGCACGUUGUCGGCAAGAGAACAGCUCUUUCCAGCCUUCACGCGAGCCCGCGGCGAAUCGGCACCGCCGGCGUCUCGUCAGUCGGCCUCGGAUUGGUUUUACGCGCUACCGCAGUUGUCGUCGGCCUCGCUGUUCCAGCCUGACCAGUGCGCAGCGGACAGCAAUGCACGCACAGCUCUCGCGAGAGAAAGGAAACUGAAGACGCGCCGCGGUCGCUCGUUGGGAAGAGGCCGCGUGUCUGUACUGUCGCCUUCUCACGUUAGGAUGGCUGAAGAACAGCGCAGGGCGCGAGACCGACAGCUCGCUGCGGCGCUUUCCCGGUGGAUUGGUCCGGCUGCUGGCAGGCGCGAAGGGCUGGAGGACGACAAAGAAAGGUACUACCUUCUGUCGGCGUUCUUUCCGCGGCCUCUCGAAGACUUCACUCUCUCGGCGAGCAGCCGGCGCCGGGCGCACUUCGUCUCGCACGUCUUUGCGCAGGGCAGGAAGGCUGCAGAAGACACUCAGCCUCGUUGGGCGCAGGCGAUCGCGCCCGGGAUGGAGCAGAAGCCGCGCUCGCGGCACAGCUGGACGGGUUCGAGGGCGCGCGACGAGGGCAGUGGGGUUGAAGGGGUCGAGCAGGCGGAUGGCGUGACGCCUGGAAGUCCAGGCGCCAGCCCCAGCCCCGACACGGUCGUCUCCUCUGUCGGGGAACAGCGCAGGAGCCUCAACGAGCAGGAGUGUUGUUCGGCGAGAAGAGAGAGAGAGGCCCUCGCGUGCCUCUCGGCGCGCACUGCGUCGCGUCCGUCUCCCUCUUAUUUCUGCUCCCGCCAGUCUGGACGCAGACUGGAGCCUUCUUCGCGCGGGUGCUGCGUCGCGUCGCCCUGCGUGGCGGAGGUGUCGAGCAGGAGCAGGAGAGCCUCGUUCGCGGCGGGCGAGGGGCGCACAGACGAAGAGGCCAGCAGGCGCACUCAGGAGGCGCUCGUUGUGCUGCGGGAGACGGAAGGCGACAUGCAAUCAGCCGCUUCAGCUCAGCGCAGCCGGCGCAAUUCAUCGCAAACGUCGCCCGGGCUCUGCGGCGGUGUCUUGCUUCAAACCGUGUGCGACGAAGGCUCGAGGGUCUUUGGAGACCCGGUCCAUGUGACCGAGGGCGAGCUGCUGAAGCUUUACACGCAGCGAAGAGAUCUGUGCCGCCAGGUAAAGAAUUCGGGGGCGGAAAGUCGGGUAUCGCGAGGUCAGCGCGACGGCAAGCAGUGCAGUGAGCUCGUGAAGCGACCGGGGAGCAUAGAACGUACAAUGGAGCUGAUUGUCCCCAUCCUAGCCGAGUUGAGAGAACAAGUGGCGGCGCAGCGGGAGCAGAUUGGGGUGCUGUCGCAGAUUCGGGAUUCACUCGAAGCGCAGACAAGGGCUCAGCUCGCCGUGAAAGACCAGGAACUGCAGAACAAAGCGUCUGAGGCGGCGGAGCUUGCCGCUACUCUGGCGAAAAUGAGGCAAGAACUUGUGACUCUACAGACGAUUCUUCCCGAGCGUGAGCAGCGCAUUGAGCGCCUGGAGGCCGCGCUCAACGCACAGCAGGCAGAGGAGAGCGAGGUGAAGCGUGCCUUCCAGGCAGAGAAGAAGGAUUUGCAGCUGCACUUGCAGACUAACGAAGCUAAGCUGAAGCAAGAACGAGAGAGAGUGCUGGAACAAGAGGCGUGUAUCGCGUCGUUGGCGGAGGAGGCGCAGGGCCAGCUGGAGAGACUGACGACGCUGCAGAGGGAGCUGGUUGAGGCGCAGGCUGCAACAGCUAAGGCGAAGAAGCCCUGCGAAGCUCGCAGGACGCCUUCAGCGCUAGCCCCUUCUCCCUCCGCGGCUGCAGCAGCGCUCUCCACGGCGAGUGGUCAGCCGCCGUCGUGGCAGCUCUCGCCCAAGAACCUGGGCGCCACAGUCCCUCCGGUGAGGCGGAAAGACGAACGGCAGCCGUCGGGGUCGGUCGUCGGCGGCCGGCGCACGCUGGCGCUAACGGUCCCCUCCGUGGAGGCGCGGAGAGAGACUGCGUCAGUCGUCAGCAGCCGCGGAGAGGACGCACACGAGACGCAGUCCGCUGUUGUCGGAGUUGAGGGCGGCGGAAAGAAGAAAUCCAAAGCUAGGAGCGAGGUGGAUACCAGUAAGAAAGACGCGCCGGGCGGGCACAGGAGGCUGCUCGCGCGGCGGGGGCCGCAGAGAGAGCAGGAGCAGGAAGAAGAGACGCCGUCUGAAGUUCUGCGACGGCGCCUGAGGCGGAACUUGUUGGAUCGGAUUGAGCGGCAGUCUCAAGAUCUCGAAGACCUGUUCCACGACCCUGUCCUCGAUCGGAGCGUCAGUCUCUCCAAUGUCGACCCGCGCCUCUCCCGGCCGCGGCUGCGGUCACCGCUGUUUCACGCAGAGGCCGAGCGGGUGAAAGUGAAGACCGAAUGGCUCGUUGGACCGGACGACAAGGCGAUGAACGAGGGCGGCAGAUUCAUUUCUUCCGCCUACUUGAGCUCCUACAAGGACGCCAAGGAACGCCUGCCGCGCCUGGUCCCCGACCUACCGACGGAGAUCCUCGGGGAGACUCGCCUUCGGGUCAACACGCUCGACUCUGUGUGUGGCGCAGAGAGCCGCGCCGAAGCCAAGGAGAGGAAGGGCGAAGAGUGGACGAUGCGCCGGCGUCUGCUGCUCUCGCCGCGCGCCGCCGAGAAGACUGCGAUUGAGGACGACCGCGUCCGCUCCGUGCCCGCGACGCUCUUCGGCGAGGAGAGACGAAGCACAAAGGACGCGCAGGAGCACGGAGGGAAAGAGGCGGACGAGAAGCGGAAAACCGGAGGACUUGGAGAAACGCGCGAGUUGACGAGGGAAGAAAUCAUUCAGAGGGCCUUCGGGAAGGCCGCGCUGCCUUCGUCGCGCACCCUGCUCACGAGGCCUGCGCCGGAGAGCGAACCUGCCGGUCGCAAUGAGGCUAUGGUGAGAGCGGGGGAGCGAGACAGACGACUUGAAACAGAUGAGGACUACGAUGUGCGUGACGGCCUCACGGAGCUGCAGAGAAUGCGGAAAGCCAAGGCUGAAACGCUGCUACUUCGCUUGAAGCUCGGCGUCGCGGCGACGCAGGCCGACCUGGCGACGCUCAUGUCGACGGUCAAGCGGCAGGCGGCAGAGCUCGCGCAGAGUCAUCACAGCUACCUUGCGCUGAAAGGCAAAGACGCGAAGCUCCACGGAAAGAAAAAAGAGCCCGGCAAGCUCAGUGCAUCGCCGGAAAGCGAAGCGAUGCAGGCGGUUCACCACCUAGCAGCCGUCGGUUGA